UAAACUUUUGCCACUAGAUGGCGACGUAUAAAUGUGAGAAGAGCCACAAGUGCCUUUAGGUUUCCUUGUGAUGUGUGUGUCUUGGGGUCGCAGCUUCAAGCCUCUGGAUGAUGCUUUGAACGUGGCUGUUAUCAAGUCCACUUUUGUUUCCCGGGUUUUAUUGGAAACGUGUUCAGGUCACAUGUGUUUUAUACGCUUAGAACGAUGGAGGACGUCUGCUGAUUAGAUUUCAACUUCAAAAUUAAGGGCUGAAAUGUCAUUUUAAAGAUGCCUGUAGCACAUACAUAUCCUUCGACAACCUUUGUUUAUAUCCUGUAUAUAAAGAGAGUAAAGGGCCAGUCACAUCAUCGUCACACCAAAGUACACAAAGCCUAGUGCAGUGUAAGCAGUUGGGUGAGCAGAGAGCCAGGGCUGUGGUGUGUGGAAAAUGCUAGUGGAGGCAGACAAUGCACUGGUCCGAGGCCUGACCAGCCCUCAGAGGGACAGGGGUCGCCUCACUGCGACAACAGCCCCCGUCUCCCUCCCUUCUUUUUCUUUUUUUGAACUGCUACAGCAUGGGCUCGGGGAGGACGCUGAAGUUCGCCCUGUGCGAGGUGCUGCAGUUUGCAGGCCUGUGUGUGCCCCUCUUCAUCGUCAUGCAGAGGUUUGCCGUCAUCGUAGCAAAGGUGAAAACCUCAGCGCAGCCUCCUGGCGACGGCGGCACAGCCUACUGGUUGAUCGUGGCCUCCUCCGUUGCCUAUGUCACCUCAACUGCCCUGCUGGUCUGGGUACCCCUGAAGUACAUGGUCUUCAUGAAAAAGAAGUUUCUCAUUGGGAGAAAGAAGUGGAGGCCUGUGGCCCUCGUAUAUGUGAUCCUGUCCACAUUACCCUGCUUUGCCUUUCUCAUCGCCAGCUCUGAGGUUCAGAUAAAUAACAACAUGAAAGAUGAUACGUUCACGGAGCUCCCUGUAUCACUAGUCCUCUUCUCUCUCAUCUGUAUUGACGUUGUGGAGAGGAUACGCCACUGCAGACUGACUGGCCAGGCUAACGACAUGGAGAGAGAUGCUGACAUCCCCUCCACUGUCCUCACACAUGUGGAACAGGUAACUCCAGUAGCACCUGUCACUCCAGCUGUGCCAGGGCCAGCUGCGCCCGGGCAAGGUGCUCCCACUCCUGCGCAACCAGGGGCAAGCCAGCCCAAUGACAGGAACCAGAAUGGAGCGGGGGGGGCUCGACCAGAGACCAACGGGACUGUCCCCGGGAUACCCGGUAAUCCUGGGAGACCAUUUAGUAUCUCUGGGUUGAGCUCUCGAUCAGUGAGCACCACAGCGUACCACAUAUCUCCAUACGCCUACACGGGUCCGCUGAGAUUCCUGUGUGCUAGCGACGCCCGAGCAGACGUGUUUGUGGACAGCUUUAUGUUCUGGAUGGAUACGGUGGAGAUGGUGCGGGUGGCAGGACAUCCCCUGGUCUACUACUCAGGCUGGGUGUUCCCCAUCUAUAUCUUCAGCUACCUGUCCUGCCUGCGUGUGGUGGUCAUGCCCCACAGCCCCCUGCUUUCCUCACUUGGAGUAGUUCUGCAGGACUUGCCCUUUUUCUUUGUGCGCGUUGGCCUCAUUGCCUUCUUUGGCUUCGUCACACCCCUCCUCUAUCUGAUGAAGAACCUGUUGGUGUGCCUGGCCUUCGUCUAUUUCAACUUCAUGACCAAGCUGAGGGUCUUCAACACGGAGAGGAUGUUCUUUUAAGACCAACACUUCAAGCAAAGACAGUGCAACAUUACGACAUAUAGCAGGAGCAAUAGAUCUGUCAGGAUCUGUAGGAUGACUUGAUAUGAUAGGGGCGCCAGCACCAGCAUUUUGGAAAUUCAUACCUAGCCAAAUGAAGUGUUGGAGAGAAAAUACUCUGUAGACUAAACCGUCUCAUCUCGGUUCGUCCUUUUUGCAGUCUACGACGGCUACGAUGGGCCAUACCUUCGUAGACCACUUCCGCCGAAGGAUGCGGCCCCUGAAUUGCCCCUCUAAAACUCAUUUGUGGCAGUUAGAAGUUUGUGAUGCUACACUGACUUGUUUACAAAGUUGAUUUUCUAGCUAAGACAUUUCUUAACUGUGACGUUAUACUACUUCGCAGCUUGAAACAAACUUAAUAAUGGAUCUAAGAAUAGCUGGUGCAACCAAACCAAAAGUAUGAUUUUGGGUAUGCAACACAGAUGAAACAUUUUUUUUGAUCAAAUGCAUGAUGGUACUUUUCACAGGCCAAAAGGGAGCUCUUAGGCAAUGUUUUCCCAUAAAGGACAUUGUGUCAAAUGACUGUUGCGUUAUGUAUUAUUUACCUUUUUGUUGAAACGUACUUUUUUUACCCCUCAAAACCCUUCACCCUCACCACGAAUGACACUUUGGGAAUGUACCUGUAAUGUCACUUGAGAUUUUUUUGGGAGACUUUUUUUCUACCAUCAUAAAGUGCAGUGAAUAUGUAAAAGCAUAAAUCCAUGUUGUUUAUAUUAGGUUUUUCUUUGCUAAGUUACAUUUUAAAAAGGAAAACAAAGUGUGAGUUUGUAUCAUUGAUACAUAUAUUUUGGUAAGGUUAAUAAAGAUAAUUAUUCAAAUAUGUUUUAAGUUUUAUUUGUGUGAUUUUUAUCAUGUAUGCAGAAGGUACUGACAUGAACUGAAGGUAGAUACAGUGUAUGUUUUCGAUGCCAAUUUAAACCUUUUACACUGGAAUUUGUCCAAUUUCUUCCCAGUAAGUCCUCAAGAGAAAAAGUUUCCUGUCAUUAUGCUGCAAAACAUUCUCGCAC